AAGUGAAAAAUGUUUAUGGUACAGGAAUAGACUUUAACAUUGAUGACUUUUUCACUUUAAAGUUUCUCUCUAAAGCCAAGGAUGAGAGGUUGUGGGAGGAGAUGUUGGAAAAGAAGCCACACCAAAGCUACGGCUGCUCUGUUAGUGGUUCUUGUGUUGAUGAUGUCAUCACUGCUGUUCAGUUGGACAAACCUGAGCUUCUCCAUCACUACAGUUUCGCCAUACAUCAGCACGGAGAAGAAGGGAGAACGAUGAGCUCUUUUAGUCCACGUCUUGCUAUGUUCCUACUGACUGUAUUCGCAAAUAUCAGCACUGCUCCAUCCCAGUCUUGUCCAGCAUAUAGAACCCUUUCUGAUCCAUGGCGCAAUGUUGGCUUUUGCUCCAGCAUUUAUGAUAAGAAUGACAGUAAGCUGAUAGAGGGUUGGUACACCUUUAGUGGUGUAAGUGGAGACCAAGUAGUCCCUUCCUGCGUACCUGCCCAAAAUAUCACCAACGCAAGUGUCACAAAUUACAACUUAUUCACAUGUAAUUCAAGCAUCAACUCCACCAAUGUUGUGAGUUGCAGCAAUGGAUUAACUGCCUACUAUCUCCGACCUAUCAAAGGAAUUUAUUCUACACGUCAUUCAUCCUGCAAUAGUUCUUCUUGUGGACCGAAUGCUUACUGCGGUACCGUUUAUGGCAGCUGUGUGUGCAAUCCUGGCUUCAUAUACUCAGCAAAUGGAUGCAUAAUUAUCACAGUGUCUGCAGAUUUCAAGAAUGCAACAUCUGCAUAUAAUUUUCUGGACAAUCUUGAGAAACUCCUAAACAAUACAGGUCCACUAGAACAGAAGACUGUGGAACUUUAUUUGGACUCAAUAAUGAAUGUUUCAUCCAUCAUUGAAAAUUCUACUGAUAAUAUCUUCCUAAUCUCCUUUGGAAAUAAAGUACUGUCUGUUACUGAGAAACUGUUGGUGUCACUAGUGACACCAACAGAGACCCAGAACAGCACAAGCAUUACUCUCAGCAAUUUGGAGAGCCAAGUAUAUACAGUUGGAAAUAAAACUUCCUUGAGUGAAAUCCCCCUUCUGAACACCAGCAAUUCUUCUCUGGAUAUUGAUCUCAUUGGGAUUUCCAAGAAAAAUAAUGGAUCAGCUGCUGUGAUCUUUGUGAGCUACAGCAACAUGGACAACAUCCUGAAACCUAGCUUCUUCAAACCAAAUUCCAGCACAAAUAAAAUCAUGAUGUCCUCUGUGGUGUCAGCAACACUUCCUAAUAUCACUAGCAUGAGCUUCACUAAACCAAUUCAUUUCACCUUCAAACAUACCCAAGAUUUAGUCAAGGCAGCAAAUCUCUCCUGUGUUUACUGGAAUGAGUCUGUAUGGGUUGAAGAUGGUUGUAGCAUCACAGAGAAUAAGACUUACUCAGUGUGCACCUGUACUCACCUGUCUACCUUCGCUCUCAUCAUGCAGGUCAACCCGAACCAGAUACCUAGUGGUGGAUAUGAUGAGCUCAUAGAGAUCAUUAAUAUAGUGGGUGUAUCCGUGGGGAUGUUGUUCCUCUUCCUGACUGUAUUAACUCUUGCUGUUUGCCAGCGAGGCCAAAAAGUGACCAAUGUGGCUUUGCUUAACCUGUCUAUAAGCUUAUUUUCUGCUCACUUGGUUUUUCUGCUCAAAGAACAAUUCCUGGAGAACAUAAAGUUUACGGUGCUGUGUGAAGUGUUGGCUGGUGUCAUACACUUCUUUUUUUUAUCAGCAUUUGUGUGGAUGUUCAUUGAGGCAGUGUUGCUGUACUUCUUUGUGAAGAACCUUUCACAAAUGGGCUCAAAGGAUUCAGAGUUGCUUACCUGGAAAUGCCUGAUAGUGAUUGGAUACGUCAUCCCCCUGGUGUUUAUGGGCUUGUUCUCUGGACUGAUUCCUAAUCCCUACACUGAUGAUGUGUGCUGGAUUAACACUGCUUUCGUCUGGGCAUUUCUCGGUCCUGUGAUUGCCAUUAUUGCUAUCAACUUUCUCCUGUCUUGUGCGAUCAUCGUAAUUCUCCGGCGCGCUUUGUUAAAGCUGGAUAGUUCUGUUUCCAAACUAAAACACACCCGGAGUCUUGUGUUAAAAACCCUGCUCCAGUUUGUCAUUCUUGGCUGCCCCUGGGUUUUAGGUUUAUUCACUAGGGAAAACAAAACGAUAGACAUAGCCUUCAUCUGCUUAAAUUCACAGCAGGGAACCAUUAUCUUCAUCGUUCACUGUGCCCUCAACCAAGAGAUCAGACAGCAGUACAGGAAGUGGUGGGCUGACAUACGCCACUGCUCCAAGUACAAGUCCAUGGCAGAAGACCAGAGCAGAGCUUCAAAUAUGCACUUAAAUUAAUAUAAAAACAACACUAAUGUCUUUUUUUAAGGACAAUUUGACAGUAUGUCACAUGACUGAGGAUUAUUUCAGGAAGACAAAUAUGACACUUUGUAAUAUGAUGGCUGAAAGUUACCAGCUGGUUGUGUAUAAAACACCCGUUAGUGUCGUUAACAUGAUAUUAAUCUACAAUACACGCGAUUAUAUACGAAAUAACUUACAUACAAAAUAACUUACAAACUCAAUACAAUAUUUUCUCUGUAUAUGUCAGAGUGAAGUGCAGAAACAUCCACGUACAUAUGUGAAGUGUAAAGAAACCCAGAACACUAAAAUCCUAACAGUGUUGUUGACUUUAUCCUGACCAAAUAUCAGUAGUCUGCAGUUUGUUUAAAAGAUUUUCAUGUCAUCAUUUUUAAAUACUUACUUACUUAUAUGAAAAAUGUCAUUUUUCUCCUCAGUUUAUUCCUGUACACUAUUCACGGCAUAGGGCAGAAAUGAUAAUAAAA